GCUGGGAGAGCAGUCCCUGAAGCCAGAGGAUGCACCAAGUGUCUCCCCGCUCAGGUGGAGGUGUGGCUGUGGACCGUGUGAUUGUGAAACAGCGACAAUCCUGGCAGAGAGCUGAAGUGAAAGCAAAAAGGUCGACGUAGUUCCUAGUUCCUAGAAGCAGGCAGGUCGCCGACCGUCAUCGCAGAAAUGACUUCGUCGCAGUUUCAGGCCGUGUUACUGCAGAUCUCCAUCGCGCUGACCCGGGAGCAGCUGGAGCAAAUGAAGUUUCUGUGUGAAAAAAUCGGGAAGAACCGCAAAGAGAAGCUGGACACCGGCUACAAACUUUUCGAAGCGCUGACGGAAAGAGGCGAGCUGGGAGAGGACAACACCACGUUUUUGUCCGGCCUUCUCAAACAAGUUCACCGUCAAGACCUGGCGACCAAGUUAGACAACUAUGACACUGAGCAUCUGGCGGAACCCAGCGACAACCAGCCCAGCGAGACGGAGAGAGCCAAGCUGGACAUCGCCACAGAGGUGAUCGUGGACAACAUCGGGAGGGCGUGGCGUCAGCUGGGCCGCAAACUGCGUCUGACUGAGGCCAAGCUGGAGUCCAUCUCGGAGAAGCAUCCCAGAGACCUGGAGGAGACGGUGCGGGAGCUGCUGAAGCAGUGGAGGAGGAGCCAGGCAGCGCAGGCCAGCGCAGAGGAGCUCAUUAAAGCCCUGAGAGCCUGCCAGCACAACCUCACUGCUGACAAAGUGGAGCAGAAACUGAAGGACAGCGGAUAUUGAUGAUGAUCAAGACUUUGACUGAGACUGAGAUCCACUCUGAGCAUGACAACAAGAGCCGUUUUCACAUGCAACUUUUCAUAUGUUUGUUUUUUCUUUCUCUUUGGUCAAAGCAGAUAAACAACCUCCUGAGUGUUAAAAGAUCAUCCACCAGAAAAAAUAAAUUUUGAAAGAAUUCAA